AUGUUGGAGGGCAUCCAUUACAAUUUUAUAAUAAUAAAGAUGACAACUAAUCCUGAAAGAAUACAGCUGAUUAUUCAUUAUUUGUGCCCCUAUGCUCAGAGAGCUUUAUACGCACUAGCCUAUAAAGGGAUACAAUGUGAGAUAACAGAAGCGGAUUUAGUUGAUAAAGCCAUCAUUCAUAAAUAAAAUGGCAUUCGGUUCGAGCAAAAUUAGCUCCGCUAAUUUUUUCUUCCUCAAGCAAUUUUAUUUAUGGGUUUGUAUUUUACCUCGAGAACUUCUGCACAGCAACAGCGGGUUAACUCUGGGGAUAGCCAAAGGAAUUGCUCCUCAGUACGCUCAAGAGGUUUAGGUCUUUACCCCUCAGUACAUCCGAUGAAGGUAACCCUUAGGCGGAGCACGAGCAGAAGCUGAGUCGAAUAAAUCGUGGCAGCAGCAAACCGGAGCGCUUAAUUUGCCCGUGCCCUGGCGAAUCAAAGUGGAUCGAUCCAGAGGUCCAUGGGCCCGACGCGUGGAUAAAUACUGUGGGAGUUCUGGACAAGGCUACCCCAUAGUGGAUGCUAAACGUUAUAAAUAGCUUAAGAUUAAGAUAAGCCAUCAUUCCUUCUCGAAGUCAAUCCAUUAGGAAAAGUCCCAUCUCUCAAAGUUAUUCAGGACGGAAGAGAAUACCACCUUUAUGAGUCAAUCAAUGUUGCUGAAUAUUUCGAUUCGUUCCCAGGCCCUGCUCUUUACCCAAGAAGACCUGACGGCUCAAUCAAUCCUGUAGAAAAAGCCUUAAUUGACAUUAACGUAAAACUUGUUGCUGAUGCGCUGCCUGCCACUCUUUUCCCUCAUUUCAAAACAACUGGAACUCCUGAACAAAUUGAAGCAGUUAAGAAAAUAUUGAGAACUAUUAAUGGACUUGUUGAAGGAGGCGGAUAUCUGAUGACCAAAACUCUGGGAAGAAAUGAAUUAACUUUUGCUGAUAUUAUUUUACUUCCAUUUGUUGAAAGAAUUGUUGCUUGGAAAGAUCAGUUCUGGAGUCCUCUUGUGGAAGGAGAAGACUUUUCUAAUUUGUGGGCUUGGUUCGACAGAAUUAUGCAGGAACCUUGGGCUCAAAGAUUCAGAGUGGAGCAUAGAAGACUUAUAAACAAUAUGACUCAACUAAGAACCCCUGGAUAUAAGGGACUUACGCUCCCAAUAACUAAUUAUGAUUAG